CGUCCAGGAGUCCCUCUGGAGUCCCGGCAGGAACCUGCAGGACGUCUUCCAGCGUCGGUGCCGGGUUCUCAUGCAGCGGUCCGACCGCCGCGUUCAGGAGAUCAAAGACAAGCGGGCCGCCGCCAGGAACGGACCCCCGAGUCGGGUUCUGGUCGAAGGACGGGACCCGGGUAGAGCCGCUGUCCAGACCGUCCCCAGGAAGGAGACGGCAGAGUCCCAGAGUACGACAGCGGACAGGAAGAGAGCGGAGAGGAAGCUCCGCCCACCUCCACCAGGUCGCCGCUCCAGUCCUCAGAUCGGAACCGACGUUCGGAUCAGCGAUCCGGAUCAGAGGAAGCGGAACCUGUCAGAGAUGCACCAGCGGACCCAGAGGCUGUACGAGCAGCUGGAGGAGGUGAAGCAGCAGCGAGCGGCCCGCAGCCGGCAGGAGGACUGGGCCAGGAACCGGCUGAGGGCCAAGGAGUUCCACAGGAAAACGCUGCAGAAGCUCCGAGCCAAGCAGACGCCAACGUUUUAAUUUAUCACCUUUAUUUAAUAAAAACUCAGAUUGUUUUAAAGA